AACCCACUCCGUUGCUGUUUCUUUGUUUUGAGGCUAAUUUGUUGAUUUCUUUUGUUCGUUUUCAUGGAUUUGGGAGGUAGAUGCUGGAGUGGAGGCCAAAGAUUGCUUCCAGAUUUAUCUGGAUUACCAUAUGGGUUAGCAGUAUAUCGUUUGAUACAUAUGCUGAUAUUGCAUCUGAGGGCACAGCUGAUGUAUGUUGUACUGACUGUGUUAAAUGUUGUAAGGGAGGCAAAGGGAUCACAGAUUUGAAAUUAGCUCUUGAGGUAUGGAUUGAUUAUCAUUUUAUAUCACCAGUUCAGUUUACUAUGUUGUUAGUUCUCAUGAUUAGUUGGUAUUGUUCUCUAGAAAGUUUUGGUGAGAUUUAUGUUGACAGUCUAGAGGAGUUCCUUCAAACCUUUUCAACUCAGAGAAUUUCUUAG